UACUUCCUCAGUGUAAACAUUGGUGGUCGCAGGGUAGUGUUAUGUUUCACAAACUCUUUGUAUAACUCUAAUGUAAUAAAAUGUGAUUAUUUAACUUUAAACGAAGCUUUAUAGCGACCGUGCGCGGGGACGCCGCUGUCACUAUUGCUCCAAGGGUUUAAUAGCUGUGUGGGAAUGGGUUUCAUCCCUUACUGGCCUAAAUGGAGAAUAAAGGGAGCGACGAGGUGGAAAAAUUGAAGACAAAGUUCUUGUCAGCGUGGCACAAUGUGAAGUACAGUUGGGCUCUGAAAUUAAAGACUUCAUUCAGCAGGAAUUCCCCGGUGUUUCUUCUUGGAAAGUGUUACCACUUCAAGGUGGAAGAUGAAGACAGUCCUAUUGAAGCCUGCUAUGAAACUUCAGAGGAGGAUUUUGUCAUGGGGAACGUGGAUGAUUUCCGCAAAGAUUUCACAUCCAGAGUGUGGCUCACCUACAGGGAGGAGUUCCCUCCUCUGCCUAGCUCCAACCUGACCUCCGACUGCGGCUGGGGCUGCAUGCUAAGAGCAGGGCAGAUGAUGCUUGCUCAGGCUCUCAUGCUGCACUUCCUGGGUAGAGACUGGACGUGGUCAGAGGCACUCACACUCCAGCCUUUAGACACAGAAACCUGGACGGCCACCACAGCGAAGCGCCUGGUGGCCUCCCUAGAGUCGUCUCUACAAGGUCCCAACAGGUCGUCCAAUCACAGAUCAACACCUUUGCACCAAGCCACAGCUCUGGGAUCUGCAGAGGAGGCAGAUGCUCAUUUAAAAGAGAUGUACCAUCGCACUCUGGUAUCCUGGUUCGGGGACAGCCCCUCAGCUCAGUUAGGCCUCCACCGAUUGGUCCGCUUGGGUCUGACACUGGGGAAACAGGCAGGGGACUGGUAUGGUCCUGCUGUGGUAGCACACAUCCUCAAGAAAGCUGUUGAGGAAGCGAUAGACCCUGGCUUGGCGGGUAUAACUGCCUACGUCUCCCAGGACUGCACAGUGUACAGUGCUGAUGUCAUCGAUAGCCACAGGGCACCGGGAGCAGGGCAGGCCGCUUCCCCGCAGAGCACCCAGACAGAACCUUCACCCAGCCGAGCCGUCAUAAUCCUGGUCCCUGUGCGGCUGGGAGGGGAGAAGACAAACCCAGAUUAUUUUAACUUUACAAAGAGCGUACUGAGUUUGGAGUACUGUAUUGGCAUCAUUGGAGGGAAGCCCAAACAGGCCUGCUACUUUGUGGGAUUUCAAGAUGACAGCUUGAUUUACAUGGACCCUCAUUACUGUCAGUCUUUUGUGGAUGUCAGCACCAGCGAUUUCCCUCUCCAGUCAUAUCACUGCCCCUCACCAAAGAAGAUGCCUUUCAGCAAGAUGGACCCAAGCUGCACCAUCGGGUUCUACUCUAGAAAUGCUCAGGACUUUGAGAGGAUCAGACAAGAGUUGUCAAGGGUGCUGCAACCGUCAGCGAAGGAGAAAUACCCCGCGUUCACUUUCGUACAAGGUCAUAGCAGAGAUUACGACCUGUCGGCCAGCCUGACCCCGGCGAAGAGAGAGUGGCCCUUCAUCCGUGACCCGCGGAGGACGGUGACCACAGCCGGGGACUUUGUACUGCUUUGACGGUGCUGCUAAGAAGACUACUGACAGGGAACUUCUUCUAAUGAAUCAAACUGCUUCAUACCCAAAACCUUGAGCCUGAGCCUGUUGUGACACUGAAGGUUAUUGAACUUUUUUUAAACAGUUACAUCUUGGAAACUUUGCUGUUGCAGAGCAUUUUUGCCAAAACUUUUUAGACUUUUAUUUGUUGUGUAGCAGUACAGGCUUCCUAAGCGUUUUGUUAGGAAACCUUGAGACAUUUUUUUUUGGUUCUUUGGUUACUUUAACGACCUUAACUACUGUCAUCUAAUAUAAGGAACAUCUACGGGACAAAACUCCGUUUGCAACACUAUCUGUUAUUUGUGUGUUUUGAAGACAAAGUGCUGAUAAUGGCUAAAUUUACACACUAGAUCUUUGUAGGAGUAGGAUUUUUUGCACCUCAUCUCAUGUAGCACUUUCAAACAGAUUUGAAACCUCACAAGAAUGUCAUUUUCAUCAGUAGCUUCAACUAAAAUGAGUGUUUGCACACUUUAAAGUCAUUUUAUACAUGCAGUAUUUAGACUGUUUAUGGGUUGGUGUUGUCAAAAGCCAACUGCUUUUUGGAGAUUGAUAUCACUGACUCCUCAAACUUCCCAGCCAAAAAAUAUUUCAUUAAACACACUAAAAAAACAGAAGCACAAAAGACACUUGCUUUCAAAGACACUUUAUCAUUUUGCCAAAAUUUCCAUUUUUUUAAUUACACUUGUGAUAUUAUAUUUCUCUAUGCAACUAUCUGACAGUGUUGUGUGACAGUAUGAGUUUGCUUGCUGUAGUGUGUAUUUUUAAGUGCUAGUUAAUUUUGCCAGAGCUAUGCAACACAGUAUAAAGCCACCCAUGGGAGAUGAAGCCAUAUGCAACAUCUCACUUAGCAAUAUCUCUUUAAAUUUUUCUUCACAAUAGAAAAUAAAAGGUCCUUGAGAUUCAGGGAAUAAAAAUAUACUGUAGAGUUUUUUUAGUAGCAGUAACUGUUUUAGUCUUCUAAAGCAAUAUUUAUUUUAAAGUACUAAGUGAAGUUAACAUUUCUUUUUUCUUGUAACACAUACAUUAACAUCAACCAUGUACUGUAGAAUUAUUUUAACACUGCCUGAAACAAAGUUUAAUAAAUUCAAAAAGGCUGACUUUUUAAUUUUUUUUUUUUUUUUCCACUUAAAGAAUUUGAAGGAUUUCAAAAGAGUAAAAAGAAGUGUUUGCUUCGUUUUCCCGGCAAGAUACAAACCUCAGUGGUGUGUUGAAAUGUAUUCAAUCCCUUUCUGUCCCAGUCAAAUGUUGUAGAUUAAAACUAAUCGUACGUGCUAACCAUCUCUACAGCCCAUUAACCAGGGACCGGAAAAUAUGUGACCCAGUGACACUGGCAGCAAUUGUGUUCCUCUG